ACCGGCAUUCAGCUAGGAGAUGUUGUCUACCUCACACCAGCACCUGGACAACGGAAAGCUCCGGACAGAUACGGCCACUAUGUUAUUUAUGCAGAGCAUAGCAAGUGCGAUGUCGCCAAUAAGGCCUGGAUCCCGGAAUCAUACGACGGAAAGAAACUCUGGUAUAACCCUCACAGAAUAGACUCCCACCUCGAAGCAAACUAGCACCAAAUGCUAGAUGAGACACUUCGACUAUCAGUUAUCUCAGGCGAUGAUGCUGUACUGCAAUUGGGAAUACCAAAGCACAUGCUGGGUAAAACGGGUCAGCUUGGUUUGUUAGCAACCUGCAAGGCGAAGGCGUCGGAGCUUCCUCGACAACAUGUUGACUACAAAUCACUGCUGAGUGUUGUGGGGACCCCACAGUAGGCAGUAAACCUUUUUUCGAAGAAGGAUUAUAGGCAGCCACUGUGUGUAUCCCGCUUGAGACCCGGUGGGUAGUGCCGGGGUUCAGGUAACAGAAAGAAUACAAGUAGAAAG